CUUUCCAAUCAUCAGUCAUUCGACAGCAUUGACCUAGUCACAAGUCACCUAGUCCCUCCGGAACCAGAACCAGAUCCAGAUCUAGAGAAAGGCAGCGAUCAUGUCUAGAGUGUGUCUUCCUGUCCUGGCCAUUGUGCUCAUCCUUGCCGGAUCCUCCAAGGCAGCCAGCUUGGAGUUGCCCUCCAAUUUGUUGUCUCUCAGCUCUGGCAAGUCCUCGCAGCUGCUGCCCCUUGCCAGCGAGGAUUCCGAAGAGCUGUCUGAGAGCAGUGCUGCCUCGGCUGCCGCUGCAGCUGCUGCUCAAAGGCACGAAAAGGAUCAGGAGGAUGACUCCUCCUCCUCCGAUCGGCACUCGCAAUCCUCCAGCGGCAGCUCGGACACCAUCGAUGCCCGCCUCCUGUCUGGCAUACCCGUCUCCGUGCCCCUGCCUCUGAUUGUGGCCGCUCGCUCCGGCCUACGCACUGUCCUCACCAUCCAGGAGCCCGCUGUGGCCAAGGUGGGGGAGGUGGUGCAGCAUGUGCCCAGCGCAGUGUCCCACCAGAGCCAGACCAUUGUCCACGACCAUCGUCGCCUGGUCACACCCAUCCUGGCACCUGCAGUGCGCACCACCAAGCUCGUGCGCCAGCAGCCGCCGCUCCUGUGGACGCUGUCCUCCGCCGAUCCUCGCCUGGUUCUGCUGCGAAACUGAAGACCUGCAAGGGCACCACUGUCAUGGGAACCAAAGAUGAACCAACAAGAUGAACAACUCGCCAAAACCCAGCUCUAGCUCUACUCCCCGCUCCUCCCCAGCACACAGACUGUCUCUUCUCUGUCUUCUCUGUUCUCUGUCUUCUCUCUUUUCUGCCAUUUUCUGUAGAACUCUUCUCUGCAAUAAAGAAUUCGCAUCUGCA